GCUGCUCCUUUCCGGUGACGCACUUCCGCUCAGAUUUCCUCCAUGUGAAGGCAGAAGGUGAAAAUCUAGAACAGACAACAAAUUUCGAGACAAAACCACCGCGAAAAUAAUGUUCAAGCUCGAAGGACUCGGGCCUAAAAUGGACCCGGAGGAGAUGAAGAGGAAAAUGCGUCAAGACGUCCUCUCCUCGUUGCGGAACUUCCUGAUUUACGUCGCUCUGCUCAGAGCCACUCCGUAUGUGUUGAAGAAACUGGACAGCAUAUGAGUCGGGUUCCACGGACCAUGCCUCCAUCCACAGUCUCCUGCGUGCGAGGCGGCGAGGGCCUCCUCGUGAAGCCAGCCCGGCCUGUCCCAGAGCCUCGCGCUGGAAGACCGACCAGUACUUUUCCCCUGGCUUCAUCAGAGACUCCUGCUGUCCUCGCGCUCAUCUUUUGAACUUUGGUCUUCUUUUUGUUAUGUUUAAACAAUAUGUGACCUUGACUAUUGGUAAUGUGUCUGCCAGCCUGAUUACACUGCAAAUAAAACUAUGGUAAUUCUGUUAGUUUAAAA